AUGGUUCUCACGAUCAAUCUGUGGUUCUUUUUGAUUGGUUCCUCCGUUCUUUUGGUUGUACCUUGGUUCUUCAUAUUUGUCAGCUGGUACUUUGAUAUAUUGCCUUCUGUAUAUUUGUCAGCACCUGUACAGUUCUUCGGCAACUCGCGAAAGCACCAACUGCAGCGACCGACACGGAUCGCUAGUCUGCUUUUAUGCGGAUGGUUCGCCAAUGGCGCUAUCUCAAGGCCUUCAGAAGAUAGAGGCCAACUUUACCCGCAUGUUGAAUCCUCCACCUCCCCUUCCGUUGUCCUCUCAUCCUUCUCUCAAUCGUUGGCGUUUUCACAUUUUUCGGCGCGUUUCACUGAGGCGUUGGAGUGGAGACUGAUGACGACUAAGCUACCCUUAGUCCUUGCCUUCGGCUUCCCCUUGCCUCCUCUUGCCCUACUAACCCUCCUCCUUGCUCACCCACCCCUUGGGGGUGCCCCACUCCAGCGUUGUACGAGAUGUUCUGGUCCUUGUCUCACGCAAACAGCUCGUUGGCAGCAGCCGCCCGAGUUGACUGGAAUCGUUGACGUUUACUUCGACCCACAGUGGGAGUGUGGUUCGAUAUCUAUGUUGCUGGAAUUCGGAGGGACAACUGAAUCAGCUGGACUGGGAGUGAUGACCACAUUGGGUGUGGCAGAAGUAACUGGUGUGGUUUGGCUAGGCGUCAUGGUAGCCACCAUUCUGGCAGGGGUGAUAGCUGCGGGAGCCGCUAUGGCAGAGCUGGACAUAGCGGGUUCAACCGUCCUGGUGGGGGUUGUGACUGGUAUGGCGGGAGCCACUAUAGCGGAGCUGGACAUAGCGGGUUCAAUUGUCCUGGUGGGGGUUGUGACUGGUAUGGCGGGAGCCGCUAUAGCGGAGCUGGACAUAGCAGGUUCAAUCGUCCUGGUGGGGGUUGUGACUGGUAGGGCGGGAGCCGCUAUAGCGGAGCUGGACAUAGCGGGUGUCAUCGUCCUGGUGGGGGUGAUGACUGGUAUAGUGGAGAUUGGCAUGGCGGAAGCCGGUGUGGGAGAGCUCGUCUUGGAGGGAGUUGUAGCUGGUGUGGUGGAGCAUGAUACAGUGGGCGCAGAGGAAGUGGUUGGC